AUGGCGAUGGACGGGCGCGCCGCGCAGGAUCAGUUCCCUCAGCAAGAUGCGGUGUACAAGGCCGAAUUUGAGGAGGCAGAAGAGAACAGAGUGAGAGAAUCACUUCUGUGCACAGAACAAUUGGUUCCAAAUGAAAACCUGAUGAAUGAGGUUGGCGCUCAGAGCAGUCUUUGCUCCAUGGAUCCUAUUGUGAUCCUUGGUGAUCCACCUGGAAAGAUCCUGACAAAAGAAGGGAACCCUGAAGUUUCCAAGGAGGAAGAGGAAGUUGAUGGAGAGUAUUAUCUAGACCCCAGGCCAGAAUCUCAUCUCACACAGCUGACAUCUUUAGAUGCUCACUCACUCAUUUUCUACCAACCUCCCAACCCAACAGCCUGCUACGGUGACAUGAACGUUGACCCUCCGUUUUUUGAAAGUGAACACAACCAACAACUUGUCCUUCCUUCAAAAUCAGAAGAAAAAGUAGACUUGGGCAGCUGGGACGUGAUGGAAAAGGAGAUCGCCAAAAAGAAAGCCAAGAAGGGCCUUGAAAGGGGAGGUGCUCCUUGUGUCGGGCUGGACAACGAACAAAAUCCAGACAUCGACCAGUAUCUCAACUUGGGCCAUCUCACACGCAGGUCGGCCAGAGGUGCGACAGCCAAUAACGUGGGCCAGCCGUCUUUCAGGUUCUAUUCGGUUCUGAUGUCCAAAGGCAACGUAGAUGGAAUUCAGAAACGAGAUUCCGGUUCGCUAAAAAUCUCCAAAGAAUCCGCUCCACCUGCUCAAAAGAAAACACGAACUUUCUACAACGAAAAACAGCUACAGGAACUGGAGAAAACAUUCCAAGAUGACCAUUAUCCUGACAACGAAAAGCGCCGAGAAAUUGCGGCUUCGAUUGGUGUGACACCCCAGCGCAUUAUGGUCUGGUUCCAGAAUCGCCGAGCAAAGUGGAGAAAAAUGGAAAAACUGAUGGUGAAAAACACUAAGAAAUGCCCUCUCGCAGCCCCUGCAUUGCCAGUAGAUCCUCAGAGAAUGGCACAAGGCACAACUAUGUUGGCUCUGACUCAGCGGUCUGACACUGCAAACAAUCAACCGAACACGGUCACAAUGGGUGCUGCAACUAUGAACUAUUCGGGAUCAUCCAUCACAUUGUCGGCUUCCUCAGAGCUGUUCCCUCCGAUCCCAAGCCCUCCGCCCAUUCGCCGGACCAACCUUCCCUUCAACCUGCUCCUUAACACCAAUCCCUACAUCAUCCCGUUGAUGCUGGAGGAUGGCCUGGGCAGCGAAUGCAGCUCUUCCAGCCGGGAGAGCAGCUCCAGCGACGCCCACACCUACGGCGUCCGGGGUCAAAGCACCAGUUCACCUGUGGACUGCAAUUACCCUGAACAACUGGAGUCUACAAGCAACCUUGAAGCCUCCUGUUUCCACCCAAACAGCCAUCCUGGUGUGCAUCAGCAUGACCAGUAUCCCCAACACGAGACGUCUCACUUCCCAAUCCAUCUUUCUGGCAACGCCUUGCCUAGUGUCCGACUCACAACAGCGAUACCCAGUAAGUCCACCACAUUUUUCUCGCUCCCUGGCAGCAAUGGACUUGUGACCUAUGGAGCAGCUGAGUGUUCUCAAGGUUUCCUACAGAAUCAUGUAGGAACUCACCUCCUACUACAGCCAUCAGCGGGGAGCUCAGGCUACCUCCCUGCUUUUCAGGCUUCCCCGUGGAAUGAGUUUUCCAUGCAAGGACCAUCCUUCACCCACUCCUUCUCCUCCCCAAUACCAUUUUCCGGCUUGGCGACGAUCGCGGGGGGCUCUGCCCAGCAGGCACCCUUUGCCCUGAACCAGUCCCUGCCUGCCAGCUCCUGCUUCCUCCAGCUGCCAAAGGGCCCCGGGCCUGGUGCCACCUUGCUGUUUACCACCAAGCCAGUGGUGCCAAUGAAUCUGGAGCCCCCGUCUCAGCCACUGCCCAAGAUGCUGGCAGAAGAGGACUCGGAUGCUGACAAUGGUCCUCAGGAGAUGGAGAAUUUCUCCGAAGGCAGCAAGAUAGGAUUCAACUUUUCUCCUCGUCAGGCGAGAGAUGAGAAAACAGCCUGA